CAACAAGUUGUCAUAUGUUAAGUUGAAGUGGUUUAAACAGCUCAACAAACAAGUAGUUUUUGGUUGUGAUUCAUUGAUUGUUUGUUUGAUUUUCCAGUGAUUUAGUUGAAAGAGAAAAACAAUUUAACACCAAAGUGAAGCCAAUGGCCUGUGAGGAUAAAAUUUCCAAAGUUCGAAAAUUGUUCCUGGAAGAUGCUUCCGAAAACGGUCAUCUUUAUGAUGAACAAGAUAUUGACCAGGUAAGAAACGAUGACUGGUCAGUUGAAAGGUAUUUACUUCACUGUAAAGGUAACCCGGAGACCGCCCUUGGCAUGUUGAGGGAAUCGAUGAGAUGGCGAAAAUCGUUUGGCGUUAACUCGCUCAAGGAGACCGAUUUUCCGAAAGAAUAUUAUCUUUCCGGUUCUUUUUUCACCUAUUUACCUGAUCGUAAAGGCAAUUCCAUGAUUUAUAUUCGAGGUAAACUACACCGAAAGAUAAGCGAAUGGUCUGAACUUCAUAAGAAAUUUUUCGUUUAUAUGAUCAAUAAAUUGGACAAAGAGAAAUCGGGCCAUGGUUAUGCCGCUUUCUGGGACUGUGAGGGUGCAGGUUUGGCCAAUGUUGAUAUCGAAAUGUUAUCGUUCAUGGUAACCACCAUUUCCUGUUACUUUCCUUACGGCCUUGAAUAUGUCCUUCUCCACGAACUACCCUGGGUUUUGAACGCUAUUUACAAUCUGGCCAAAAGCUGGGUACCUGAACAUUACCAGCGACUCGCUAUUUUCAUUAAUCGAUUUAAUCUCAACGAUUACAUUGAACCAGAAAAUUUACCCGAUUAUCUGAAUGGAACUUGUACCAAAAAUUAUCGAAAUGUACCAGAAGGAGCUCCGUCCGCUCGAGAGUGCGAAUCACGUUAUCAUUUACCAGAAAAUUCUGCCUACAAAUUGGAAACUUAUCUACAUCAAUAUUGUUUAGAAUCGUAAUAAUCAAUUAUUAUGAUAAAAAAACAACAACAACAAUCGAUACUUAAUCAUUACCAAUUGUUGAUUAAUCUUCAAGAUAUUUUUACAAUCACAUUUUUAUACUUGUACUCAUAUAAAUUGGUUCUUUCAUUUUAAUAAUAAUAAUUGAUAAAUUGUAGUGAAUUUAAUUUUUUUACAAUAUUAGAGUACAGAAAAUGAAAAUGAAUUGAAAAACAAUUAUGCUGUUCAAAUGGUGAUUAAAAUUAUUACACAAAAUUAGUGGUCAAGUGCAGGUUGACUGAUUGCUAAUAACAUUAAAUUAUGUAUAUAAAUUGAUUGUGUUAAAAGUGAUACAAUUAUGAAUUAUUAUUAUAUCGAUUGAUGAUGAUUUUGACUAAUCGUGAUGCUGAUUGAUAUAAGGUCGCACUGUUAAUACAACUCGUUUUUUGUUGGACAUCAGCUGAUUAACUUGACCAAUGUUAUGAUAACUUUUAACAUAUAAUCCAAGGAUAAUAAUAAUAAUGAUGAUGAUGAGAGAGAGAGAAAAGUGAAAGAGUUUACAACAGGAAUUGAAAUGUCGAUUUGAAUUUUCGUUUAAAUUAUUGUGGAUGUUUUCUGAGCUACUUAAUUUACAUAUUGUAUUUUGUUUCUAUUGUAUUUAGUUUGUUAGUGUGGAUGUUUAUUGAUUGUCUUUUUAAUGAUAUGAUUGUUACAUUUGUGUUCAGAUGUGUGUGAGUAAAUGCUGUAGGAAUACGUGGAUAUAUUAUGUAUGCGUUUAUUUUAUCAAUCCAAAUAAAAAAAAGAUUAUUCAGGUGAAAGCAAGAAUAUAAUUCGCAUUUUUUGUUUCGUUUCAAAUGAUGUUCUCCACUUUCCGGUAUUCUCUCUGCACCCGGAGUAGCUUCGAAAUGGUUGAACGGUGAAAGUACAGUCAAGUAUUACACUUGACAGUUUUCGGCGUCCAAAGUAAGGUAUACCAAGUUCUUCGGUGUCGUUAAAAUAUAAGAAAGUAUUAAAUCGAUAUCAGCACGUUGAAAAUAAUCAAUAUACUUUGCAAGGCCCAAACGGGUUAAGGCCUCCAGGCUUCCAGUGUAAGUUGAAAAUUGAAACUUUGCUGUUUACGUAAAGUUUUCAUUCCAUUGGCAGUUGGAUAUUUUGACGAUUCCUAGAAUGAUGGAAGAUCAUUGGUCAAUGAGCCAUUUGCAAGAAGACCAUUGUUUGGAUUUUUACCUCGUAAGUUCAUCGGACUCUUUAACUGGGGUCAGUUUUUCAGUUGCACGGCAACUAUCAAGUCGACUUUGAUUGAGUAUCUCGUGAGGCAUUGAUUUAGACAAACCAAGUCCAUGAUGGGGUCGGAGUUCGGGGUUCACUAGCUUUUGGUUUAGCUUCACGAACUUGGAGCUUGUGAGACAUGAUUGAUUCAUUGUUGGAGUUGUUGCAGUGGCCAUCAUGUUGUGACCAGAUUGAAUACAGCCUUUUACAUUUCGAUUUUCGGGACUAUUUUUCAACAUAUCGAGAUUGAAAGAUGGAGUAUUUGAUCGAGUAGAAAGUUGUGGUUGCUUUUGAUUAGCAGCAGCGAAAUUAGUCAAUUGAGAAGCAAGCAUUGCCUAAAGCCUUGAUUGCCAUUGGGUCCUAAAGAUGAAGGGUUAGUGGCCGAAGCAGCAACGGCAGCAAAAUCAGGGAGAUUUUUGAGAUUCGAGUAAUCACCUGAAGGCCAAUUGAGAAGCCCAUUAACUUGCCAUUAAGUAUUUGGUAAAAAAUUUGAAGAAUUAAGAUUAGAACCAAAUUCGUUUUCAUUGUCAUCAUGUUUACUAGAUUAAAGGUACAAUGAGAUAAAAACGAGGAGAAAGGUUUAGCCAUCAUCACAACAAUUAGGAACUUCACUUUCAUCUAACUCCAAUAUUUGUCAUCGGACUUGAAAAAGCAUACGAGAAUCUCGUUCAGCCCUAGAAUAGUCAUACAUAUUCAUGAGUUUAGGCUUCCGUUUAAUCAGAAUGGUGACUUCAUAAUCCUUCAUCAACUGUGUAAUCAGUUUGUUGACCUUCUUUCAGGUCAAAGAUGAGAACCAAAGGAAGAUAACCUAAAAGUUCUUGCCAUGCAAGGACAACUGAAUCGAAACAUGGACUUUUAAUCAUAACCGUUGACUUUUGAACGGUAAGAGAACCAUGUAAAGUUGUCAUAGUUGAAUUUUCAACAGCCGAUGGAUCAAGGAAAUUGAUAACUGUACCAGUUGAUUGUUUGAUUGAUCGGAUAUUAACAUUUCCUCGGCCCAUAAUAAAUGAAUGAUGUUGUGAUGCAAUAUCAAUAACCAAAGUAAAAAAGAUGGUGAGAGAAGCAGGAUUAUUGGCCAUUGGAUGACCACAAGCUAUUCAAUAAGAACAGUGAUUCCUCAUUUCAUCGCAUGUCAUUGAGCACGAACAGAGAUCGAUGCACAAGAUGAACCAAAAUUACCGAAAACAUUUCCCUUGCUAAUAAUAUGAAUGUCAAUUGAUACACCAUAAGUUUGUUGAACGUUCAGCGGUAAAAACUCUGCUGGUCCAAGUUCCUUAUUCUCUCCGUUGAUUGUUUGUUCAAACUUUUUCCUACUUUCGUAUCUACUUUGACUCGUUCUUCAAAUGUUUCGUUUUCUUGAUUAUGGUUUACCAUUUGAUUCUUCGUUGAUACUAUUUUAAUCAAUUGGUAAUUGUAUUCGUACUUAAGUCAACACAGACAGUUGAGGUGAACACAAUUUAGCAGUAAUUGGAAGGCAAUUUGUUUGUUAACAACAGGAUUGAAAUUUAAAUUCAAUUGGUGAUGGUUUAAUUAUGUGAUGGAUUAAAGAAAUUAAGUUGAGAAUCGUUUAAUUGCUCGAUUUGAUCUGUGGUUUGAUU